UUAGUAAAGAUGUAUAUUUGCUGCACCAACUAAACUGGUAGAUCACGACCUGGGGUGGCCGAAAUAAACAACAAAACACGUGUUCCUCGUCCAGAUAUACUUGAAACGGACGGCGGCGUCACAUCCUCACACCAAAGAGCUACUUUGCUGCCAACAAAAAGCUCCUCCGUGUGCCUUCGUCAAGGUGCUGGCAACGUCGAAGCAACGACGCAGCGCACCAUGGAGAUCGGCAAGGUGGACCUUCGCGGGCUGGAGCCCGGCACGCCGGGUUGGGCGCGGGCCAGGGCCUCGGUGACCGCGUCCAUGGCGGCGCACGGCUGCGUCGUGGUCGCGCACGACGCGCUCGGUCCGGAGCUCCGCCACGCGCUGUUCGGCCGCGCCCUGCCGGAGCUCUUCGGGCUCCCGUUCGACGCCAAGAAGCGCAGCGGCGCGUUCUCGAACGGGCCGCACAGAGGCUACGAGGGGCAGGUCCCCGCCGUGGCCUUGGAGACCGUCCCUGUCCCCGGCGCCGCCGACGAGCCCGGCCGCGUCCGUGCCCUCGCCGGCCGCCUCUGGCCAGAUGGAAACCCAGAUUUCUGUGACACCAUCGUGUCGUUCGCCAAGAACGUGCUGGAUCUGGAGCAGACGGUGGAGAGGAUGGUCCUGGAGGGCCUGGGCGCCCGCGGGGAGAGCAUCGCCUCGCAGCUCGGCUCGCAGUCCCACGCCGUCCGGGCCACGCUCUACGGGGCGCCGCCGCCUCCCGGCGAGGAAGCCGCCGCCGGCGGCGUGUCCCUGUCCCUGCACGCACACCGCGACGAGCACAUGACCACGGUGAUCGCGCAGCACGAGGUGGGAGGCCUCGAGGUGCAGGACGCCGGAGACGACGGGCGCUGGCUCGCCGUCCCUCCCGAGCCGGGUACCCUCGUCUUCAUGGCCGGCGACCAGUUCACUGUUGUCACGAACGGGAGGGUGCCGGCGUGCGUGCACCGCGUGAGGGCGCCGGCGGGCGGCGGCCGCGGGCGCUUCUCGGUGCUGCUUGCAAGGCGGCGCAAGGAUGACGGCGACCCCGUGCUGCGCGCCAUGGACGAGCUCGUCGACGAGGACCACCCCCUGAUGUACAAGCCCUGCAACCACGAGGAGUACAGGGCGUUCCGUUACUCGGACGAAGGGCGCAGGUUGCGGGAGAGCCAUCCGCUGAAGGCCUUCUGCGGGGUGGAGAAAUUAGGCGUGGGGUCCGUGGAAGGACCGCUCUCCAACCGCCACCCAGCUUAGAGGCUGUUUGGAUCCUGAGUUGAGCUAGAGUUUAGUCCGCAUCACAUCGAAUAUUUGGAGGCUAAUUAGAGGACUAAA